AUGCCUCAGAACGAGUACAUCGAGCGCUUCACCAAGCAGCACGGUAAGCGCCUCGACCAUGAAGAGCGCACGAGGAAAAAGCUCGCCAGAGAAGCCCACAAUGCCUCGUCGAAAUCACAGAAUCUGCGCGGCCUGCGGGCCAAGCUGUAUCAGCAGAAGCGCCACAAGGAGAAGAUCCAGAUGAAGAAGGCCAUCAAGCAGCAGGAGGAGAAGAACGUCAAGGGCGCCGAAGACACUGGCCCCAGCACAACACCCAAACCAGCCUACCUGCUUGACCGUGGCAAGGAGACAAACGCGAAGGCGCUCAGCAGUGCGAUCAAGAACAAGCGUGCGGAGAAGGCGGCGAAGUUUUCUGUGCCGCUGCCGAAGGUCAGAGGGAUCAGCGAGGAGGAGAUGUUCAAGGUGGUCAAGACGGGCAAGAAGACGGCGAAGAAGAGCUGGAAACGCAUGAUCACGAAGCCUACGUUUGUCGGUCCAGAUUUUACGCGGAGACCGGUGAAGUACGAGCGUUUCAUCAGGCCGAUGGGGUUGCGAUACAAGAAGGCGAACGUGACGCAUCCGGAGCUGGGUGUGACGGUGCAGCUGCCGAUAAUCUCGGUGAAGAAGAACCCGCAGAACCCGAUGUACACGCAGCUGGGGGUGUUGACGAAGGGAACGAUCAUUGAGGUGAACGUGAGCGAGCUGGGGUUGGUGACGGCGGGUGGGAAGGUGGUCUGGGGUCGGUGGGCGCAGGUGACGAACAACCCUGAGCAUGAUGGGUGUUUGAAUGCUGUGCUGCUGGUAUGA